CUUGACUGUACACCAACUGAACUCUUACCUUGCAACAUGCCAGUCAAAGAUAAUCUCAAAGGAUGGCAUUGGAGGGAGAGAAUUGCGAAUUUUGAACCGUCAUGGUUCACCAUUGUCAUGAGCACUGGUACUUUGCAGCAAUGUUUUGUCAACUUCCCAUACCCCAUUAGUGGAGCGAAUCGAUGGCUUCGCGACAUUGGAUACUGCCUUUGGAUCUUGGAAAUCGUGCUCUUUGGUUUCUUCACCGGAAUGCUAGCCUGGCGUUACAUUACCCACCCGGUACUGUUCAAGAAGAACAUGAUGGAGUUCCCGCUGAGUUCGUUCUUGGGAGCCGUUCCGAUCUCGUUUAAUACCAUCAUUCAAGGCAUCAUAUCAUACUACGACUACCGGACUUCUGCUCGAUGGGCGGUGUUCGCUCUGUACUGGAUUGCGCUUGUCAUGUCCCUUGGGGUAUCGUUUGGUCUCGUCAUCUAUCAGAUGAGCAAGGCGAAGCCUCAGAAGUUGUCUGAUGUUGCCGGAAUUUGGGUAAUGACUACUGUGCCUCUCUUCCUCACAGCUUCGACCGCUGGUACGAUUUUACCAUUCGUAUACAUGGAAAGCACGAAAUGCGCGGUAGCCUUGCUGGUCACAGGCUUCUUGGCAUGGUCCUUUGCCAUUGCUGAGGCCACUAUCAUCAUCACCAUCUACUUCUUCCGAUUGAUUGCCGACAAGACGCCCGCAGCACCUCUCAUGGUUGGAUCUUUCCUACCAGUGGCCGCUAUGAGCCAAGGAGCAUUUGCUAUCCAUAGAUUCGGUAUCUUCUUGGCGACAUACAUCAAGAAUGGAUAUGCUCCCACACAGGUGUCUCCACCUCCGCUUCCGAUGUCUACACUUCAGGCAACAUCUGAGGUGAUUCACUGGAUUGGAAUCAUUAUGGACCUCUUCCUCUUGGCUCAUGCUACAUUCUGGGUGGUUCAAGGUACGACGAGUGUCUUGAUGUCACUGCCAAAACUGCAAUUCAACAUCGCGUAUUGGAGUUCUGUCUUCCCAAUGGCAUCCUACGCAAAUGCAUGGUGCUUCCUCUCUCGUGAUCUGCGCGAUGAUGGUAUGAGGGGCUGGGCAGCGACGAUGGUCAUGACUGCAACAUUACUGUGGCUCUUCUGUGCAUUGGAGACGGUUUACAGAGGAUUCUGGCAGGGCAGUCUGUUCUCGGCGCCCGGAUUGGAAGACUGGUUAGGUGACAAGGAGCAAGACGAGAAGAGCAGAGGUGGACGAAAGGACGAAUGGAACGGUACCUACUCAAUGCCUCAGCCAGGCUCCCAAGAUGAAGAGAGUGGGCAGGCGAACGGCCACCAGAGCAAUGACAACGAGGGAGACUCAAGGAGGAGGAACUGACCUUUGAUCUGAAAUCGGGUUGUGCAAAAAGUAUAUAUGUAUGAUUAGGCACGGGCUG